AUGGCCAGUGACACGCAGUCACUUACGGACAGUGUAACAGACUACCCGAUUGAGAAUGGAAGACGGUAUCACAAGUACCAUGAAGGAGCCUAUCCUUAUCCCAACGAUGAGCAAGAGCUUGAGCGUAUGGAACUCCAACAUCAUAUGUGCAAAUUGAUCUUUGAAGAAAAGAUCUUUUUUGUUCCUCUUGAGGAGCCCCAGCAAAUACUGGACGUAGGGACUGGCUCUGGCCUAUGGGCUAUAGAAAUGGCAUCUCUGUUUCCAAAUGCCACAAUCACAGGAACGGAUCUGUCACCAGUACAACCAACAGAAGUUCCAGAGAACGUCCACUUUCUAAUCGACGAUGCCACAGAGGACGAGUGGCUCUGGGAUACAGACCACUUUGAUUACAUUCACAUGGGACACCUAUCAGGUUCUAUUCCAUCCUUCAAAUCUCUUUUACAAAAGGCAUAUAAACACCUCAAACCCGGCGCAUAUAUUGAAUGCCAUGAGGUAGACCCGAAACCAAAAUGCGACGAUAGCACCAUGCCGCCUGAAAAUCCAGAUGGAUACAGCGAAUUUGCCCUCCACGACUGGUAUGAUCUCAACAAGCGCUCAAGUGAAGAGAUCGAGCCCGCACGACAGUUUCGAAUUGCAAAUCGGCUUGAGAAGUGGAUGAAGGAAAUAGGAUUUGAGGAUAUUGAACAACGGGUAUACAAAGUUCCCACCAAUCCUUGGCCAGAAGACAAAAAAUGGAAGGAAAUUGGUCGAUAUAUGGAGACAAACUGGCUUGAGGCUUUAUCUGGCUGGUCUUAUAAGCCUUUUCUUGCUCUGGGUUGGUCAAAACCGGAGAUUGAAGUCUUCCUUGUUGACGUGAGAAAGAGCAUUCAGGAUCGGAACGUGCAUGCCUAUAACAAUUUAUUUGUUGUUACGGGCAGGAAACCACUCUAA